AUGCUGCGCCAAGGCCGCGGGUGUGUCGCCGCGCUCCGGCAGCGCUCGCUUGCGCUUCGCCGACCGCUGACGGUGCGAGCCUUUGCCACAUGGGACCACAAGCGAGACGCCCCAGCGAUGCCCAGAAAGGCGACGCCGUCUACGCUAAAGCCGCUGGCGUUCGAGGCCGCACCCGUCGCCGCGACGCCAUUGACGCCCGCAGACCUUCACAGUGUCGAGCCUGUCAAGCUCAUCCAAGAAGAGAAGAUGCCGUUCCGCGAGAUCGAAGACGACGGUAUUGCCGUCGACUUGACGUACUCGGCGCGGCGUAUGGGCUUUCCGCACUACGAGAACGAGUACGUGGAGAAGCCGGGCACGGACGUGCGCGAGGAGACGCGGUCGGACGCAACAGUCAAGGCUGAGCGCGUUAUGGCAGUCUUUCGUCGGAGCCUCAAUGAGCGCACGACCAACUUUAUCUUGCGCAAGCUCAGCAUCUACACGACGAACCCGAAGCCUAACAAGUACUCGGUGACGCGCUUCUUUGAGAGCCUCGAGGAGCUCAUGCGCGACGAGUACCCGAAAGAGUACGACUACUUGCGUGCGUUCCUCUGCGCAAAGGACGUUGAGCAGUCAAGUCUUGAUGCGUCGUCGCUCUUGCACCCGGACCACCCUCUCUACGAUGACCUGUGCCGCGUGAUCCUUGUGCACUGCCGCCGCGUUUGCAUCAUGACGCACGUGCGCCACUCGCUGAAACGCCCGGCGUCGUCGCUUCCGCAGCUCAAGCGACAGCUGCACACGCUCCUCCGUGCGCAAGGCUGGGAAGAUAUGGUCUCGUACUGCGGCAUUAGCGCAAAGUCGACUACCGAGCCGACGGAAGAAGAGCCCCUUGACGAGUGGGACCUCAUGUCGCUCGAGUCAGACCUUGCCGACUUCCGCGGUGAGCUCGAGGCUGCGGGCCAGGCACUGCAGACACUCCGCGACGCGCGCUUGACACCGCAUGAGAUUGAGAAGGUCCUAAGCAUGAUGAUGGCGUUCGUGAAGAACGCCAAGGCCCAUCGCAACAUCCUUCAAGACGUCGCCUGCGAGAUUCAACAGGCUGCGCCGUCUCAGCCGCGCGAGUUUACAGAAGCGUGGGUCAACGCGAUUGUGCAGUAUCUCUCGGGUGACCGCGUCACGCUUGCGACGCUCCAGGACGAUCCGAUCUAUGCAAUCGAUUACCUCCAGUACAGCAACCGCAACGACGCCUUUCUGCGGCUUCUCCUCGAUGCGCGCAUGCGCACAUCCCACGUGUACAUUCAAGGCCUUGACGAAGAAUCCCUCGACCGGACGCUCGCGCUGAAGCCCGUCGAGACCCGCGACCGCGUGCUCACGUGUGCGCUGAACCUCGCGUCGCUCUUCAACGACAAGGCGUUCCACUCGUUCUACUCGCGCUUUGUGCGGCACAAACUCACGUGGCGCUCCAACCUCGACACGUCCGACGGCAUCUUUCUACAGGAUGUCCAAGGCCUCUUCCCGAAGGAGUGCCAAGUCUUCAUGGUCGAGCUCAUGCGCCAAGUUAUCCCGGAUUUGACACUCGAAGCCCUCACGAUCUCGCGCCUCCGCAUGGUCAACACUGGUCGCCAGGUGCGCACGUCCAUGACCUUUCCGACGCCUGUAGAAGCGACGGCGUGGCACCCAUCGACGUCUGUCUUCUAUGGCAACCUUGCCGAUCUCACGACAGAAGAGACGCUGCGGAAAAGCCUGCGUCACCUCGGCCCGAUCAAGAAGAUCUUCACCUUUGCUGAGCCGCGCGCGGGCGUUGCGCCACGUGUCGACGACGUCGCCACGGAUGACAACACGGUCGUCGACAAGCCAAAGCCGGAAAAGAAAGGCCGCUCGAAGAAGGUCAAGACCGUGGCUCUGGAAGACGACGAGGACGAGGACGACGGUGAGAUGUUGCUGGAGUCAACGUCCGCCGAAGACGAGCCCAAAGCGCGAAAGUCAUCAACGCUCUCAAACGUCGUCGCGAGCGAGCGCUUGACGCCGCACGAGUGCAUCGUCGAGUUCGAGUCGCCAUCAUCCGUGGAGCGGGCGCUCCACCCAGCGCUCAAGAUCUUUGGCGUCAUGGUCCCAGGUGAGAAGCAAAACCGCGCCAUCUUCUCCCACGCAGCCGAGCCGCGCAAGGUCAUCACGCUCCACUCGAUUCCUUACUGCACGCGCAUCGCAGAUAUUGAGACCACGCUGCGCGCUGCGCUUGGCAUCGACUUUACUCUCGGCCCGAACGCACUUCCGGACAUUCUCUUGAUAAACGGUACAAUGGAGCUAGCGUUCGAGACGUACAACGAUGCGGCGUUUGUCAUGGAGAAGCUGCGGCUGUACCUUGCGGCGCUCCCGGACCCGAAGGAGGUGCUGCCCAUGGAGCGCAAGAGUGCAAAGGCCAAGAGCACAAAGGAGUACACGGCCAAAACGCGCAAGGAGCGCGAGCGUCGAGAAGAAGAGAAGGAAGCCGACUUGCGCCGCGCAGCCGUGCCGACCGUGCUUCUCCGCUAUGACGACCCGACGACGACGUACCGGCCGUUUGAAGUGUCGUGGACGAAGCUACCACGACGCCGACGCAAGUACGACCCGUAA